GUUUAACUUUUGGGGCUAUUCUACUGUCAAUUUCUUUUCUCCAAUGGGAAGAUAUGCAUCUGCUGGUCUAAGUAAUUGCGGCCUCGGUGCAAUAAACGAAUUUAAGUAUCUUGUCAAGGAAGCACAUAAACGUGGAAUUGAGGUUAUCAUGGAUGUUGUUUUCAAUCACACUGCUGAAGGAAAUGAAAACGGUCCCAUAGUAUCAUUUAGAGGCAUUGACGGCGGUGUGUUUUACAUGCUAGCUCCUAAGACGAGCAGAAACAUUCUCGUCAGCAUUGAGCCAUGCCUUUCAAUCAUGUCGCCCUGGUGAAGCACUAUAAUGACAAGAUUUUGGUUAGUGUCAUAAACUGCUGCCUGAUGAAUGAACUUAAACAUAAAAUCUUGUGUUAUGGCUUCUAACAAAAAUCAUACCAGAAUAUAUAUGGGUGAUUGGAAUUUGCUGAUACUGCGUGGCUUCUUUCUGUUGGUGCUUUUCUAUAAAGAAUAGGGGACUCACAAGAUACUGAACUCGUGUAUAUUUUCUUGCUAUACUCGAUUCUGAGGUUGUUGGUAGGUAAUACUUAUCUACAGAAGGUUCUGGAAUGUGAAUGAAGUGUUUUUUUCUUUUUUUGAGUAAGGGUAUUUGACAAUGUUGUAUUUGGAAAAGCAAUCUACUUUGUAAACAUUAGUAAUCAUGUUCUUACUUGUAGUCACUUCGUUACAAAGGAAAGUCUAAUUUGCCGAAGGAAUGUAUAAUUAUCCUAUUAAAA